AUGAUUAUCAUUGUGCUCAUCACGCUGCCCAUAUAUGUUCACUCGCUUAUUCUCAUACCUCCAAACCAGAUUUCAGAACCGCGUAACAUCACAUGUUAUUCGCCGAUGGCUCCCAUGACAGUUAGUGAUUUUCAACUCUGUGUUUUUCGAGUCUAUACUAAUGUUGGUGAGCGUGUUCAACUAAUGGAGUUUGCAGUACGCGAUGGUGUAUGGUAUACUAAUACAUUUCGGCAAUUACUCAAACGUUGUCAUGGAUUUUCAACAAAUUCCGACGUUGGCAUUGCUACAUGUUCUCCAUUGCCGUAUGAAACUUUUCAGAACAUGACCAUCUGUAUUUGUGGAGAAAGUCAUUGCAAUAUUGAUUUAGUUACGUGUAAAAACUGGAAUAUGAAGAAUGCUCCACUCCCACCGAUGAAUACUGUAUUGAAAGAUUUGUCGAAUACUGUAAACUGUUCUGGGCUAGAAGAACGAUCAGUGUUACCGAGGCUAUGUACGGAACAUCCGUUCAUUAACGUUUCAAAGUGCCUCGAUUACGUACGGAGCAACGCUAUACUUUGCAGUAUUAAUAUUGUCGAAAAUAUCAUACGUCAAGAAGCACUGGUUGCCGAUAAUUAUGAACGUGCUAUGAUUGAACAAUGCCGUGCAGUACGUUAUAAUGGCCAUGUGCGUGCAUUUAAUUUCACGAAAACUUUUGCGUUUUUUUUACACGUUAGCCCUAUUUCCACGAACGAGGUCUGUUUCUGCAACACAUACCAAAAUUGUAAUAUAAAUACCAGAUCAUGCAAAUCAUUGACACCAGAAAGUACAACUACACGAACCACAUCCAUAUUCACAUUCACAUCCACAAUGUCCUCGGCGAUGGUUACGGUUCCACGAUCAACCACUACCAUCGAAUCCUCGAGAUCUGUUGCGUCAGAGCUUCCGAUCAUUGGCACAAUGUCAUCGACGAUGGUUACGGCUCCACGAUCAACCACUACCAUCGGAUCCCCGAGAUCGGUUGUGCCAGAGCUGCCGACCAUUGCAGUGGUCACAGCAGCUACAGAAAUCUCUGUUAAGUUGAUUAACAGUACACAAGGUCAGCAAUUCUUACAUGAUAUCCUCAGAUUAUUUCUAUAUCGAUUAUUUCUAGUCAAUCUAGCCCAACAGUCAAGUCUCAGAACUGCAACUACCGCUGGUAUCAUUUUUGCUAUCGCUCUUUUGGCUUCGAUCAUCGUCAUCAUCAUCGUCAUCGCUUCGAUUCUGAAACUUCGAGUGUCUAAUUCUGAUGCUCGUGGUAAUUACCAUGCUGUGCCUACCGAAGCAGAACUUACUUGA